CAGCUGUCGUGCCGACGUCUACUAGAAUAUGUUUUAACCGCGCUGUUGGUGCCGUGGUAGUGCCCUGCGCUCUCUCGCUCACCUUCUCUCUCCUGCUCUCUCGCGCGCGCUUUCGCUCUCCCAAUUUGUGCGAUGGGGCCGAGUCAACGGACGUAGUUGGUGCACUAGUGUUCAAUGGUCGGACUUUUCGCCCCCAUGUUUCAAAUCAUUCUGGCGAUUAUCGUCACAUCCAACCUCGAGUACGCAACCGGAUAUUCUCGCAGCUGCUAUACGUGCCAUUAUGGAGAGAGUACGGGCGGUAACAUGCUUACGCGACUACUAGAAAGUGUUGUGCUGACUGAGACAGAGAAAUGCGAUGACCCGGCUUCUCUGGCACGCGCCGACACAGACUUGCUGUAUUCGUGCUCUGGAUCAUGCGUGAAGGAGAAAACACGAGCGGACGACGGACGACAAGGCGUAAAGAGGCACUGCUUGGUAGCGGUAGUAAAACCGACUGGCUGCACGUGGAGAUCUUCCCAUGGGGUCGUCACCGAGGUCUGCUACUGCAGUACCGAACACUGCAACACAGCGCCAUCUCUCGGCUCGAUGUACAUGACAAUUCUCUUAUUUAUGAGCGUUAAUAAUGUGAUGUUAUAGUAAUUUUGAAAAGUAAAUCAUCCGACUUUUUUGACAAUCGCCGCGUUAGUCUACCUUAUAGUGAUUUGUAACGCUAUUUAGGAAUGAGAUAUUUAUUCUUUUGUAAAAUUUACAUUAAUUUAAUUUUUGAAUAAAGCCCGUAUCCAUGCUUGAA